AUGGGGGUUUCAUCCAUCAGCACGUUCCUGGAACCGGGAGAGCCAUCAAACGUCACCUACACAACCUCCAGCAUUCCAAAAGUUUCUUCAAUCUCGGUGGAGUACAGCUGCAUUAUUGCUAUGGCAUGGGUAAGCUGGAAAGCGGUAUUUGGUGCCACAUCGUACACUGUGGUAGCUGCAGAUGAUAGCGGCAUGUCACUUACCUGCACAUCCACUGACACCACCUGCCAAAUCUCCAGCCUGUCCUGUGGAGAGCGAUACAAUGUACGGAUUACAGCCAUUGCUGACUGCCAAAGCACCUCCGACACCAGCUACACCUUUGAGACAGCACCCUGCCCACCUAAAGACCCGCGUGUGUACCUUGAGUGUUCCAGUAACGUGAUCUUGUUCUCGUGGGCUUCCACCAACAACACGGCUUACUACAUCGCCAUGGCUGUGGACUCAGACGUCGAAACGAGGGAGUGCGUCACUGUGGACACUUCUUGUUACUUCAUCAACACAGGCUGUGGAAAAAGAUACAGCUUCACUGUUAGCUCGGUCUUCUCUGGGGGACAAAACUGCGACAGUGGGCAGACAGAUUCUGUGGUUAUCAGGACAGCCCCAUGUUUGCCUCAGAACAUCCAUACAGCUGUGGACUGUAGCAUUGGCACUGCCCUCACUAGCUGGGAUGCGGCCGAAGGAGCCCUGACCUACACUGUGGAGGCCCACGGUAACCAAAGAGAUUUCUACAACUGCUCAUCUCACAACACAAGUUGCACACUAACAGGUCUGGACUGUGGAGACAGCUUGAGUGUGUGGAUUGCUGCUAGUGAUGAUACCUGUAUGACUGAUCAUGUGCUUGGAGAGGUGGUAGAUACAGUUCCCUGCUCACCUCAGGAUGUGUCCGCUGUGGAGACUUGUAGUUCAAACUCUGCCACUCUUUCAUGGCUCACUAGCAACGGUGCCGUCUUCUACAUUGGUGUGGCAACACACUCGAAUGGCUCAGUGUACACCUGCACUGCCAUGGCAACAGAGUGCGAGUUCCAGGGCCUGAGAUGCGGGGAGACUUAUGAUGCUUAUGUCAUAGCUACAAGCUUGGCAUGUAACAGCACUGAGAGUGAACACGUCACCCUGCAGACAGCCCCAUGUGCUCCGGUCGGCGUGGGGGUCACAAGAGAUUGUGCAAUGAAUUUUGCGACAGUAAGCUGGCAGACUCUCCUGGCUGGUGGUCUGUACACAGUGGUGCUGGAAGAUGAACAUGGAGCUGCACUUAACUGCAGCACCAGCUUGAACACCUGCACCGUCCCGAACUUGCACUGUGGAGUAAUCUACAACGUCACAGUCACACGCCAUGAUGGUCACUGCAGGAGCCUGCGAUCCACAGCCAUUCAGAUACAGCCAGUUCCCUGUGACCCUCAAAAUGUCACAACUCUACUACAGUGUGACACUAACGUGGCCACAGUGACAUGGAAUGCCAGCGCAGGAGCAAGUGGGUAUACGGCGAUUGCAAACACAGAUGGGCGGCAGCAAAACUUAGCUUCCUGUCACAGUACAGGGACUUCCUGUCAGCUAACCUCUCUGCCAUGUGGUAUGAGGUUAAAUGUGACUGUCCUAGCUGAGGGUGCCACCUGCAACAGCAGCUCUGAAACUAGUGCUGCAGUGUUAACAGCACCAUGCAUUCCCACCCAUGUAACUGCCAGUCUAAACUGUACCUCCAAGAUUGCUUCCAUUACAUGGUACAGUGCACUUGGUGCCACUGGGUACUUUGCAAAGGCAGAAGGCAACCAUGGACACAAGACCUCCUGCGAUAGCACAAACACACACUGUGAUAUCUCAGACCUGCAGUGUGGCCAGGACUACUCCAUCACCGUCGCAGGCGUUAAUGGUGGCUGUAAAGGCCCAGCUAGUCAGUCUGUCACGCUUGUCUCAGCACCAUGUAUACCUGUACUAAAUGAUGUGGCCCUGAACUGCAGCUCACGUUCUGCAGUGGUGAUGUGGUCAAGUUCAGGGUUGAGUCCAGAUGUCUUCUCAGUCAGCGCAGUGAACAUUCAGGGUGGACAGCUGGAUUGUGGUCCCCUAAAUGGUCACUCCUGUGUGGUAGAUGGACUGCAAUGUGGACAUAUGUACACAUUCAGUGUGAAUGCAACACAGGGCCUGUGCACCAGUUCUGCUAACAACACACUGCAGAGGCAGACAGCCCCAUGCCCUCCACAGAAUAUACUGUCCAGAAUAAACUGUGGCAACAACACAGUGAGUGUGUCCUGGUCUCGUGGCAAUGGAACUCUGUCCUUUACGUCAACACUAGAUUGUUCUAAUGGGCAGACAUAUAUCUGUAAGACCACUGAAACAAGGUGUGACAUCACUAACCUGCCCUGUGGACAGACCUGCACGGUUAGGGUAGUGGCAGAGGGACAAUCCUGCAACAGCUCUAUUGGCACUGGAUCAAAUGUCACAACAGGUCCUUGUGUACCACAAAAUGUGUCGCCCAAUCUGAGCUGCAGCAGUAACAUAGCAACAGUAUCCUGGGGAAACAGCCAGGGGGCGGAGCUUUACUCAGUGACAGCCAUCAGCGUUAAUGGCCUCUCAGCAAACUGCACUUCAUCGUCCACCUCCUGUGACCUUUCAACUUUGACCUGCGGAGAGACAUACACGAUCACGGUGAAAGCAAAAGGCAGCAACUGUAACAGUGAAAACAGUGCACUUGUACAGGUCCAAUCAGCUCCAUGCCCUCCACAGAAUAUCCAGUACAGAAUAAACUGUGGCAACAACACAGCGAGUGUGUCCUGGUCUCGUGGCAAUGGAACUCUGUCCUUUACUUCAACACUAGAUUGUUCUAAUGGGCAGACAUAUAUCUGUAAGACCACUGAAACUGGAUGUGACAUCACUAACCUGCCCUGUGGACAGUCCUGCAUGGUUAGGGUAGUGGCAGAGGGACAGUCCUGUAACAGCUCUAUUGGCACUGGAACAAAUGUCACAACAGAACAGUGUGUACCUGGUCAUGUGCAGGGCAGUGUGGACUGUGCAUCUGGAAAUGUGUCUAUAUCCUGGGACCAAAGUGUGGGGGCUGUUUCCUACAUGGCAGUUGCCCAGGGCAACGGUGGCUAUGCAUCGGUGUGUCACAGCACUGAAACGCCGUGUGUCUUCUCAGAUUUGCUCUGUGGGCUGAACUACAGUAUAGCUGUCAGUGCAUCUGGUGAGACCUGCAGCACUGCACCAAGUCAACCGGUUGUGCUGAGUGCAGUAUCCUGUAAGCCACAGAACGUUAGCGCCCAGCUGAGCUGUGACACAAAUGCUGCUAUUGUUACCUGGGAGCCCAGCGAUAAUGUUGUACACCACACAGUCCAGGCUGUUGGCACUGACGGACAUCGUAUCAACUGCACAAGUUCUGGCUACAGUUGCACGCUACUCAGCCUGCACUGCGGCCAGAACUACAACCUUAUCGUCACCGCCCUGGAUGGAAUUUGUGACAAUAGUAACACACACCUUGUUCUGCAGUCAGCUCCAUGUGCACCUAGUAGUGUUCAGACAUUCUUGCUUUGUGACAUCCACAAUGGCAGUGUUGUGUUCCUGUCUUGGCAGCAUGCCAAUGAGGUGGAGUCUUACAUGGCUGUGGGCGUGUCUAAUGAUGGUCAUUCCUCCUCUUGUAACACCAGUACCACCUACUGUGCUCUGCAGGGACUGCAGUGUGGUCAGAUUUAUAAUGUAUCUGUCCUCUCACUGGGCUAUGGCUGUGGGAGCGUGAAAAGCGCUGUGUCUCAGGUGCAGACAGCUCCAUGCCCCCCUCAGAAUGUAGACAUUCAGAUGCAGUGUGAGUUGGGGUCUGUGGUGGUAAGCUGGAGCCAAGCAGAGGAUGCUAGUCAGUUCAGAGUGGAGCUGGAGUCCCACAGCACUGGUGUGAUCUCUUCCUGCAACAGCAACAGUACACAGUGCUCCAUCACCCACCUGCCCUGCGGAGAGAGCUUCAACCUCAGUGUUGUGGCACUGAGAGGCAACUGUCAGAGUCAACCAAGCAGUGGCCUUAACAUCUCCUCUGCUCCAUGUGCCCCACAGGGGGUUAAUGGUACCCUGGACUGUGUGACUAACUCUGCGUGGGUAUCAUGGGAUGUGGACAAGGGUGCCGAGUCUUACACAGUGCUGGCUAUAGGGGACGAUGGUCAAAAUUCCAACUGCUCCACCACAAACUCCACCUGUAAUGUGCCUGACCUGGGCUGUGGAAAGAGCUACACCUUCCAUGUCACUGCCUCAAUCGCUGCCUGUCUGAGCCCACCCAGCAACACCUUUAAUCUGGAAACAGCACCUUGUGCCUUGUCAUCCAUCGUGGUAGUGGCUGAAUGCCGCAGUCAUGUUAUCCUGGUACAGUGGCAGAGAGCACAAAUAGGAAAUUCUCUCUACAUCGCAACAGCAGAAGGUCAAGACCGUUCCCUUCUUUCCUGCAAUAGCGCCACCUCUUCCUGCAAACUUACAGAUGUACAGUGCGGCAUGGAGUACACCAUCAUCGUGGCUGCAUCCUCCAACCAAUGCAGUGGACUCCGCAGCCCACCAUACAAGAUCAGCACUGCACCCUGUCAGCCCAUGGCAGUAGAGGUUCAUACAGACUGUCAGUCAAAGGCUGCGCUUGUGUCAUGGGAGCCAUCAUAUGUGGCACAGUCGUACCUGCUUACUGCAGUUGGCAAAGACGGGAAUGUGAUAACAUGUAACACCUCAAACAGUACCUGCAUGUUGACUGAUCUACGCUGCAGCAACACAUACAAUCUCUCAGUUUCAGCCAGUAAUGAGAACUGCACCAGCCUGCCAAGUCCUAACGUCACCUUUCAUACAUUACCGUGUACGCCAAACAACUUGACUUUAAGGGUCCAUUGUGGGAACAGUAGUGCCUCUUUGUCAUGGGCAGCGAGUACAGGGGCAGUGGCCUACGUGGGAAUUGCACAGUCAGGAAAUGCCACGACAGUUUACUGCCAGAGCACAAACACUUCCUGUACUCUGCAGGGCUUGGUGUGUGGCACUGUGUACAAUUUUACAGUUCAGGCCUCAGAUGGCAUCUGCAACAGUUCCUUCAGUGAACCUCUAACUGACGGUGCAGAUCUAUGUCCUCCAGGUGGGUUGAGGGCUAUUCCUCAUACAGUAGUGAAUGACACUCAAAUCAUGAGAGCAUCCUGGUCUGCCGUGGAUUGUCCUGAUUCUGAAUAUCUCCUGGAACUCAGGGGCAGGAUUCUGGAUAUCACCCAGGCACUCUUUGAUGUAGCCUCGUAUUGGACAAGCCGUACUUUCUUCGAGAUUCCCCUCCCUUGUGGCUCCUCCUACAGUGCCACGGUCAGGGCACAGAACUCUGCCAGUUCAAGCGUUCCGUCAGCUGCUGUCUCUGGAACCACAGUGCCUUGUGCCCCUCAGAAUGUGACAUUCUCUGCAUCAUUGUCGGUGGUGACAUGGAAUCAGUCUGUAUUUGCUACAAACUACACAGUGUAUCUGGUCACUUCCUCUAGUAGGACGAAGCUCUGCAUGACACCACAGCUCCACUGCUCUCUCACCAACAUCAGCAGCGGUCACAUUGUUGCAACUGCCAGCAACUCUGCCGGAGAAAGUGAAGACUCAUCGCCUGUUUUAGUGACAGCAGGUCGCAGGAGGUGAGACCUGGCAAGGAGCGAGACAGGCCUGCCCAAACUUGAGUGAACUUUCAUAUCACAUCGCACUCAAAUUCAUGGCUCUGAGAAAUCCUGCACUUUCCUACGAAUUUGUGAAAUUGUGUAAUACUUUACUUUGGCAUGUUACAUGUAUUCUGGUACAAGGUUCACUAUUUUUAGGGUAUCAGUUUUUUUAAAGGCAAAAUAUAGCUUAAAAGUCUUUUUUUUGGGCUUACAUUUUGUAUACUUUUAUGCAAUGGCAAAUAUUUAAACAAAUAAGCAUUGUAUAUAAAUACAAUGGCAGCCAAAUAUUUGAAAUAAUGUACAGAUUUUGCUCUUAUGAAAAGAAAUUGGUACUUUUAUUCACCAAAGUGGCAUUCAACUGAUCACAAUGUAUAGUCAGGACAUUAAUAACAUGAAAAAUUACUAUUACAAUUUGAAAAAAAUAAAUAAAUAAAAAGUUCAGAACUUGAGUUCUCAUAAAAAAUAAUCCUCCACGUGCAGCAAUGACAGCUUUGCAGAUUCUUGGCAUUCUAUCUGUCAGUUUGUACAGAUACUCAGGUGACAUUUCACCCCACUCUUCCUGUAGCAUUUGCCAUAGAUUUGGCUGUCUUGUCGGGCACUUCUCACGCACCUUACAAUCUAGCUUAUCCCACAAAAGCUCAAUGGGUUAAGAUCCAUAACACUCUUUUUCAAUUAUCUGUUGUCCAAUGUCUGUUUCUUUACCCACUCUAACCUUUUCUUUUUCUGUUUCAAAAGUGGCUUUUUCUUUGCAGUUCUUCCCAUAAGGCCUGUACCCGAGUCUUCUCUUUAAUGUUGUACAUGAAACUGGUGUUGAGCGGGUAGAAUUCAAUGAUGCUGUCAGCUAAGGACACUCUAUUUCUCAAACUAGAGACUCUGUUAUACUUAUCCUCUUGUUUAUUUGUACAUCUGGCCUUCCACAUCUCUUUCUGUCCUUGUUACAGACAGUUGUCCUUUGUCUUUGAAGACUGUAGUGUACACCUUUGUAUGAAAUCUUCAGGUUUUUGGCAAUUUCAAGCAUUGUAUAGCCUUCAUUCCUCAAAACAAUGAUUGACUGACGAGUUUCUAGAGAAAGCUGUUUCUUUUUUGCCAUUUUUGACCUAAUAUUGACCUUAAGACAUGCCAGUCUAUUGUAUACUGUGGCAACUCAAAAACAAACAAAAUGUUAAGCUUUAUUUAAUGAACCAAAUACCUCUCAGCAGUGUUUGAUAUAAUGGCAAGUGAUUUUCUAGUACCAAAUUAGCAAUUUAGCAUGAUUACUCAAGGAUAAGGUUUUGGAGUGAUGGCUGCUGGAAAUGGGGCCCUUCUAGAUUUGAUCAAAAAUGACUUUUUUCAAAUAGUGAUGGUGCUGUUUUUUUACAUCAGUAAUAUCCUGACUAUGUGAUCAGUUGAAUGCCACUUUGGUGAAUUAA